GGAGUUAGGCGUUGGUUUCCGUGUGGUAAUGUGGGGGAAGACUUUUAACUUCUGUAAAAGUGACGUCAGUAACUCUUUGGGGGGGAGGGGGUCUACCUGCCCACCAGACUAUGCGUCUAUUAGAGCCAUGAUCACGGCCGCUGAGUACGGGGAAACCUCAUGGGAGCUGACGGUGCACGUGGACCAAAAAGAGGGCGACGAGUCCAUGAGGUUUAAACUGCGGGUGAAGGGUGACCUGCACAUUGGCGGCCUCAUGCUCAAACUGGUGGAGAAGAUCAAGGCUCCUCAGGACUGGUCAGAUCAUGCAUUGUGGUGGGAGCAGAGGAACUGCUGGCUGCUGAGAACCCACUGGACCUUGGACAAAUAUGGAAUUCAGGCUGAUGCAGACCUGCGCUACACCCCCCAACACAAAUGCGUUCUGCUGCAACUGCCCAACAUGAAAACCAUCAAAAUGAUAGUCGGCUUCUCCUGCGUCGUCUUCAAGGCAGUUGCGGACAUCUGUCAGACACUCAACAUCAGACGGUCAGAGGAACUGUCCCUCCUCAAGCCCCCAGACGAUCAUUCUAAAAAGAAGAAGAAGAAAGACAAGAAUUCUCCAUUAGAGGACAUCUGGGACAUUGAUUUAGUCAGCGGGGGACCAGGGGGCUCAGGCCCUAUGUACAGCAAGACCAUGACGGCCACAUACGACCCCGAAAACGGCAUGCCAGUGUCCGCCACAAGCCUUUGGUUCGGAGAGAACCCUCUCGCCGACUCCCAACCCAACUUGCCUCCUGCUGAGCUGGCCAAACUCUACCAGUCUCUGUCUUUGGUGGACAAAGCCAUCAACAACGCCGGCUGGCUGGACUCGUCUCGCUCCCUCAUGGAGCAAGACGUUCAAGAAAAUGACAAGCUGCUGCUGCGCUUCAAAUACAACAUCUUCUUUGACCUCAACCCUAAAUACGAUGCUGUUAGGAUAACGCAGCUGUACGAGCAGGGUCGCUGGUCCAUCCUGCUGGAAGAGAUAGAGUGCACUGAGGAGGAGAUGCUGAUGUUUGCUUCCCUGCAGUAUCACAUCUGUAAACUAACCAUGACCAGUGAACCGCUGGACCACUCCAACGAGCCAGAAAUAGACGAAGUAGAAGCCGCCCUCUCCAACCUGGAGGUGACGCUGGAAGGCGGACACACGGACAGAAUCCUGGAAGACAUUACAGACAUUCCAGAACUGGCAGAUUCUUUGCGGCUUUUUAGACCAAGAAGACUGACGCUCCGGCCUUAUAAAGAGUACUGGUUUGUAUUCAAGGACACCACCAUCUCCUACUACAAGAACAAGGAGGCCGCCAGUGGAGAACCCAUUGAGCAGUUUCAUCUUCGAGGCUGCGAGAUCGUGCCUGACGUCAAUGUCACAGACAAAAAGUUCGGUAUCAAGCUGCUCCUCCCAGUGGCCGACGGCAUGAACGAGGUGUACAUCCGCUGUGACACCGAGACGCAGUACGCCAAGUGGAAAGCGGCAUGCAUCCUGGCCUCCAAAGGCAAGACAAUGGCCUACAGUUCGUACAAGUCAGAGGUAAGGAACAUCCAGUCUUUUCUGCAAAUGAAGAGCCUGGCGCCGCCUCCUGGCCAGGCAGCCCCUGACCUUGACGCCAUGAAGAUGAACGCAGAGUGCUUUGUCUCGCCGCGCUACGCCAAGAAGCACAAGACCAAACAGCUAACCGCGCGUAUCCUGGAGGCCCAUCAGAACAUAGAGCGGCUCUCUCUCAUGGAGGCCAAGAUGCGUUUUAUCCAGGCCUGGCAGUCGCUGCCAGAGUUUGGCAUCAACUACUACAUUGUCAGGUUCAAGGGGAGCAAGAAGGAUGAGAUCCUCGGCAUCUCAUACAAUCGCCUGAUCCGUUUUGACAUGUCCACUGGCCUGCCCAUCACCACGUGGAGGUUCGCCAACAUGAAGCAGUGGAACGUCAACUGGGAGAUAAAACAAGUGACCAUAGAGUUUGACCAGAACGUUACGAUAGCGUUCUGUUGUCUAAGUUGCGACUGCAAAGUGGUGCACGAGUUCAUCGGAGGCUACAUCUUCCUAUCGACACGCUCCAAAGACCAGAACGAGACGCUAGAUGAAGAACUGUUCCACAAACUGACUGGAGGCCAAGAAUAAGAAAGACAACAUUCUGUUCUUUUAUGUAGUUUUUUAAUCAUCCAAAUAUGGACCAGGAAACAACACGAUGUAUGAUAUUGAAGUAUUUUUGUAUCGCACAUAGGGAUAAAGUCAACAAAACAGCA